AUGGCACCAGCAAUCGGUAUCGACUUGGGUACCACGUACUCUUGCGUGGGUAUCUUCAGAGAUGAUCGCAUCGAGAUCAUCGCCAACGACCAGGGUAACCGCACAACACCCUCGUUCGUUGCCUUCACAGACACCGAGCGAUUGAUCGGUGAUGCCGCCAAGAACCAGGUCGCCAUGAACCCAGCAAACACUGUCUUCGACGCAAAGCGAUUGAUCGGCCGCAAGUUCCAAGAUGCAGAGGUACAAGCAGACAUGAAGCAUUUCCCCUUCAAGGUCAUUGAGAAGGCCGGCAAGCCAGUCAUCUCCGUCGAGUUCAAGGGCGAGGAGAAGCAGUUCACACCAGAGGAGAUUUCCGCCAUGAUCCUCACCAAGAUGCGUGAGACCGCAGAGUCAUACCUCGGUGGCACCGUCAACAACGCCGUCGUCACAGUGCCAGCAUACUUCAACGACUCGCAGAGACAAGCAACCAAGGAUGCCGGUCUCAUUGCUGGCCUCAACGUCCUCCGUAUCAUCAACGAGCCAACCGCAGCUGCCAUUGCCUACGGUCUCGACAAGAAGACCGAGGGCGAGCGCAACGUGCUCAUCUUCGACUUGGGUGGUGGUACCUUCGAUGUGUCGCUGCUCACAAUUGAGGAGGGUAUCUUCGAGGUCAAGUCGACUGCCGGUGACACUCACUUGGGUGGUGAGGACUUCGACAACCGUCUCGUCAACCACUUCGUAAACGAAUUCAAGAGGAAACAUAAGAAAGAUCUGACUUCCAACGCCCGCGCACUUCGUCGUCUGCGAACAGCAUGCGAGCGCGCGAAGCGCACCCUCUCCAGCAGCGCGCAGACCUCUAUUGAGAUCGACUCGCUCUACGAGGGCAUCGACUUCUACACUUCCAUCACGCGUGCUCGCUUCGAGGAGCUUUGCCAGGACCUCUUCCGCUCCACCAUGGAGCCAGUCGAGCGCACCCUGCGCGACGCCAAGAUCGACAAGUCUUCCGUCCACGAGAUUGUCCUGGUCGGUGGUUCCACCCGUAUUCCCAAGAUCCAGAAGAUGGUAUCCGACUUCUUCAACGGCAAGGAGCCAAACCGAUCCAUCAACCCAGACGAGGCCGUUGCCUACGGUGCUGCCGUCCAGGCCGCCAUCCUCAGCGGUGACACCAGCUCCAAGUCCACCAACGAGAUCCUCCUUCUCGAUGUCGCGCCGCUGUCUCUCGGUAUCGAGACCGCCGGUGGUGUCAUGACUCCUCUCAUCAAGCGCAACACCACUAUCCCAACCAAGAAGUCCGAGGUCUUCUCCACCUUCUCCGACAACCAGCCUGGUGUGCUCAUUCAGGUGUUUGAGGGUGAGCGCGCUCGCACCAAGGACAACAACCUGCUCGGCAAGUUCGAGCUUACCGGCAUCCCACCAGCUCCACGUGGUGUCCCACAGAUUGAGGUCACCUUCGACGUGGAUGCCAACGGUAUUAUGAACGUUUCCGCCCUCGAGAAGGGUACCGGCAAGACCAACAAGAUUGUCAUCACCAACGACAAGGGUCGUCUGUCCAAGGAGGAGAUCGAGCGCAUGCUUGCUGAGGCCGAGAAGUACAAGGACGAGGACGAGGCUGAGGCUGCCCGCAUCCAGGCCAAGAACGGUCUGGAAUCGUACGCAUACUCGCUCAAGAACACCCUCAGCGACAGCAAGGUCGAUGAGAAGCUCGACGCUGCCGACAAGGAGAAGCUGAAGGCCGAGAUCGACAAGACCGUUGCUUGGCUCGACGACAACCAGACCGCCACCAAGGACGAGUACGAGUCGCAGCAGAAGGAGCUUGAGGGUGUUGCCAACCCAAUCAUGAUGAAGUUCUACGGCGCUGGCGGUGAGGGUGGUAUGCCAGGCGGCAUGCCAGGCGGUGCUGGUGGCUUCCCAGGUGCUGGCGGUCCAGCUGGCGGUGCCGGUGGCGACGACGGCCCAACCGUUGAGGAGGUUGACUGA